GCGGCACCUCCAUCAAAACAAGGCGAAUGAGAGAUUAGAGGGAGUGGCUGCUACUUAAGGAGAUUUCUCUCAGCAAAGCAGCAGGAGACUGCAUAGGCCUAUGAGCAACCGCGCCAAAUUUGGUGUAUACCGGCUUGGGACCUAGCAACAGCAGCGAUGGCAUUUCGCUUUCUCUUCCGCAUGCACUACAAGCGUCUGCUCUUCUUCGCUGUAUUCAUCACGGUAGCCUUUGUGCUCCUGCGCCAGCUGCACCUCACCCAGAGCGCGCCGGCACACGAGCGGCCGAAGCUUCGUGUGGCAUCGCGCCGCCAGGGGGAGCCGGCGGCGGUGAUCGAGCUCGACGUCGAUCAGCAGCAGCAGCAGGAGCACGACGAGUACGGGACGUACCACCGUCUCGACCGCGUCGGCGAGGCGUUGUCUCGUGUUUCGACGUGCCCGGCGUGCUACGGACGCGAGCUGUGCUCCGAGUUCAGCGAGGGGUACGUGACAAUUGACACAGCUCACCCGUCGAUGCGGGGCGGACGCGUGCUCUACUCCGGAUUCCGGCACGGCAGCUAUCAGGUGACGGUCACAACGCUCGCGGAGUCUGAAUAUCGUGCGUUUGACCGCGUGCUAUGUGAGAACGCUGGCCUGCAGGAGAACUGUGACCCGGCAUCAGCAGCACUGCGCUCGUACGUCGCGAGACCGGAGGCGUUCACCGUCGCCGCCCUGCGCAACGCCUACAAGACGUUUCACACGUCCGCCCACACUCACACGCCACAGGUGUGCAUAAGUGACAGCCUGAUCCGAAAGCUGAUCGCCGUGUACGAUGAGAAUGAGGACGAGAAGUUUAAUGAAAACGAGAUGGCAAAUCUCUACACUACACUGAUCACGAGCCCGGAGACGGCGAUACUCAAGUUACUGAGUAAGGAGCGGAGUGUGUGGGCGUUGCCAUCACACAUGGGCACCUGCGGGCGCAUGUCCGUCGUUGAGGGAGGGUUGCGCCCCCUGGCGGAUUUCGUCGACGAGCGGUGGGAGGUUCGAGCCGACCUCGCUUCACAAAUUCUACAGAUGAUCGAUGACUUCCAGCACACGGACAACAGAUGGUUCUUCAUGUUCUCCGAGCUCACCUAUGACCACCUGGCCGUCACAUCAGACAACAGGGUGCUGCUCACAGACAUCGGUGACGGCCACCUUAUCGACAAACACGGAGACGUGUUACAUGGCAAAUCACUGCAGGGCGUCUGCAAUGAAGAGUGCUUUGCGCGUUACACGCGGAAGCUAGGCGGCGGCGGUGGUGAGGGAGAGCUGGACGUAGCGUGCGCGCGCAUGCCGCUCUACGGACACCUCAUGUACGCCGUCGCCUGCCAGGAGGUGCUGCUGCCGGAGGACGACGCUCACCGACACCAGAACUCUUCGGCGCCACGGCAACGCUCGAGCAGAGCCGGAAAGCUGGAGCUAAAGGUCUGCUGCAUAGCGUGCCGGAGAAGGAUGCGGGGCGGGUCGGGGAGCUACUGCAGGAGUGUGUAGAGGAAACGGGUGCUGGAGGAAGGCUUCAGGCCAUCGAGGAGCUUGACGAAAUCCUCAUCAAGUACACGAGCGACGACGUUGACGAGGAGGAAGAUGCUGAGGAUGAUGAGGAUGAGGAUGCAGAUGAGGUUGAGGAUGAGGAAGAGGAGAUGGAAGCAGACGGUGACGUGGGAGAGGAGGCAUCCGAACAGGACAAGGAGGCCGUGGAAGAGAGCAAGGAGAAAGAUUCAGCACAUGACUAUCCUGGAGAUUUUGCGUGAGGGUUACUGCGGUGAUGGAAGUUAGCCAAGCAGGUGUGUGGAACGGAUGCGCAGUUAAAAAAAAAAUAUU